CAAAUGUGCAAUACCAAGAUGUCCUCCCUUACGGAUGCUUCUUCUGUCACCGCUUCGGAGCAAGAGGCGCUGGUUAAACCAAAGCCACUAUUAUUGAGGUUGUUAAAGUUAGCUGGUGCAGAAAAGGACACUUUUACUAUGAAGGAGGUAAUAUUCUAUCUUGGACAAUAUAUUAUGUCUAAACAAUUAUAUGAUGAAAAACAGCAACAUAUUGUACACUGUGCAAAUGAUCUCCUGGGGGAUUUAUUUGGAGUAACAAGCUUUUCAGUAAAAGAACACAGGAGACUAUAUUCAAUGAUUUCCAGAAAUCUGAUAGCAAUCAAUCAACAAGACUCUACACUUGCUGACACACCUGAGGAUGCUGCCAGAUUUCAGCUUGAAGAAGAAAAUGUUAAGGAAUCUAUGCAAGAAUUAGAAGAGAAGCAGACUUCAUCAAAUGUGACUUCCCGACCAGCAACAUCUAGGAGGAGAACACACAGUGAAUCUGAAGAAAAUUCUUCAGAUGAUCUGCAUAGUGACAGAAGAAAACGACACAAAUCAGACAGCAUUUCGUUGACGUUUGACGAAAGUCUCUCAUGGUGUGUAGUCAGUGGUCUGUGCCGUGAAAGAAGCAAUAGCAGUGAUUCAACAGAUUCUCUUUCCAUUCCUGAUCUUGAUGCCAGUUCAUUAAGUGAAAACUCUGAUUGGUUUGACCACAGUUCCGUUUCAGACCAGUUCAGCGUAGAGUUUGAAGUUGAGUCUAUUUAUUCAGAAGAUUAUAGCCAUAAUGAAGAAGGACAGGAGCUCACAGAUGAAGAUGAUGAGGUAUAUCAGCUGACUAUUUAUCAGGAUGAAGAUAGUGAUGCCGAUUCAUUUGAUGAAGAUCCAGAGAUUUCUCUAGCUGAUUAUUGGAAGUGUCCCAAAUGUAGUGAAAUGAAUCCUCCGCUUCCGCGACAUUGCCACCGAUGCUGGGCCCUUCGUGAGGACUGGCUUCCAGAUGAAAAGGGUGAUAAAUUGCAAAAGGCCAAAUUAGAAAGUUCUGUCCCUCUAGAGGCUGAAGAAGGUUUUGAUGUUCCUGACUGCAAGAAAGUGAAAACGACUGAAGAUAAAGAACCAGCUGCGGAGGAGAGUGAGGACAAAGCGGUACAAAUUUCCGAAUCCCAGGAAAGUGAAGAUUAUUCCCAGCCAUCAACAUCAAGCAGCAUGUUCUGUAGCAGUCAAGAGGACUACAGGGAGCCUGAGAAGAGGGAAAUGCAGGACAAAGAGGAAAGCCCGGAAUCCAGCCUACCUGUUAUCAGCAUAGAGCCCUGUGUCAUAUGUCAGAGCAGGCCUAAAAACGGCUGCAUAGUACAUGGCAAAACGGGACACCUCAUGUCGUGUUUUACGUGUGCAAGAAAGCUUAAAAAGAGGAACAAGCCCUGUCCGGUGUGCAGACAGCCCAUACAAAUGAUUGUACUAACUUAUUUUAGUUAGAUGGAUAUUGACUGAAAAGCGGCUAAAAGAGCUUCAUAAACUGGUUAAGAGAGUAAGAAACUAUUUUUGUAUGCUUAUUGGAAAAUUUAAUAUUUUGGGGAUCUUUAAUAUGGUGGGGAAAGUAAGUGCUAAAAUAAAUGCACUGGA